CCGGGCGUGAGCCCAGCAGCCCCUUUUCUUUUGCUCCACUUUUCCAGUGCUCCGCGGGAACCUGUGGUCCUAUCCUGAGCCUUCAGCACGAUGUCUUACCAAGAGCAGCAGUGCAAGCAGCCCUGCCAGCCUCCUCCUGUGUGCCCACCCACAAAGUGUCCUGAGCCUUGUCCUCCUCCAAAAUGCCCAGAGCCUUGUCCUCCUCCAAAAUGCCCAGAGCCAUGUCCCCCUCAGCCAUGCCAGCAGAAAUGCCCUCCUGUGCAACCUCCUUCACCCUGCCAGCAGAAGUGCCCACCCAAGAGCAAGUGA